GUCAUUAGACCAGAACGAGCGUGGAGCGCAGGUGCAGCGAGUGGUCCGUCCAAUAUUAUCUUCCCCCCACCGGUGUGAGUUCGUUACAUCGGCGUGGCUACGGCAGUUGAAAUGGGAACAGAGGAGGGUAGUAAAGAAGAGUCUGUGGAGCUGUUCUGUCCGAGUGAAGAGGAAAUUGAGAGGUGGAUGGCCAGAGCUUUUGACAUGGCAAAAGAAGCUCUGGAGAAUGGAGAGGUGCCUGUCGGAUGUCUCAUGGUCUACAAAGACGAAGUUGUGGGGAAGGGAAGGAAUGAAGUCAAUGAGACUAAAAAUGCCACUCGGCACGCUGAGAUGGUCGCUCUGGAUCAGGUCCUGGACUGGUGUUGGCAAAGCAGCUUGGACGUGAAGAGCGUGUGCGAGCGGAUAGCGCUGUACGUCACCGUGGAGCCAUGCAUAAUGUGUGCUGCAGCGCUGCGCCUCCUCAACAUCCCCGUGAUCGUGUAUGGCUGCAGGAACGAGCGUUUCGGAGGCUGCGGCUCAGUCCUGGAUGUCUCCUCUGCAGACCUGCCUCACACUGGGACCCAGUUCAAGUGUAUUUCAGGUCACAGAGCAGAGGAAGCCGUAGACAUGCUGAAGACUUUCUACAAACAGCAGAAUCCAAAUGCCCCCAAACCCAAAACAAGGAAGGAGUGAUCUCCAAGAAACAUCCUAUUACAAGGAUUUUUUUAUAAUAUUAUUAAUUAAAUUAUAUUUUACAUA